UGAAUUGUCUUUUAUGUUGCUCUUUCUAAUAAGAACAUUUCAUGAAGGUUAUGUCAAGAGACGCCGAAGAGAGGGGAAGAAAGAGAAUGGUUAAACUAAAAGAGGCAACUGCUCUCAAAGAUAAGGGGAAUGAAGCUUAUGCCCAAGAAGAUUAUGAAACUGCAGUGAAGUGUUACAGUGAUGGAUUGGCUGUACUUAGGGACAUGCAGCCACUCUACACCAACAGAGCACAAGCCUACAUCAAGCUAGAAAGAUAUGAAGAAGCCAUCAUGGACUGCGAGUGGGCCUUGAAGUGUAAUGAAAGAUGCAUAAAGGCUUAUGUGCAUAUGGGGAAAGCAUACCUGGGCUUGAAGAACUAUAAUGAGGCAAGAAGCUGCUUUGAAAAGAUACUGGAGAUUGAAUCUGGAAAGGAAAGCAUGGUAAAAGAAUAUUUGGACCUGGUGGAUUUAGAAGAGGAAAAAAAUAGCCAGGAGACGGAUGCAAAGGAAAAACUUGACAAAGGAGAGAGAAAGGCCACAGCGGUACCCCAGCUGCUGGAGAAGCUGUCUAGGCCCGGCCAGAUGCCCCUCUAUUACUGUGGAGGAUUGGAGAGCCUGUCACAGGCAGUUACUGACUCAGGUGCAGGAAAGACUCUCUUCAGACUGAACAAUGGCUUUAGUAUCAUCGGCAGCAAUGACGUGCUGAAGAGCUGCUUGCUGCAGGAAACGGAUGAUCUGCUCAGCCAAGAGUUGUGUGUUUCAGUGUUGAAACUUUGGAAGAUCGUUUGUCAUGAAAGUGUUCAAGAAAACCAGAAGAUCCUGAUGAAAUGUCCUCUUGGCAGACAGUCUGUUGUGCAGCUGUUAACGUCAGACCAUGGCGAAGUUGUGAAGGAAUGCCUGGAAUUACUGAGUUUGUACUCAAACACUUUGUAUGGCAGACGUUUGGCCAUCGACAACCUAGACCUGCACAUGUUAGUGAGAAACCUCAUGAGGUGCAUCUCUGAACCAAAGCGGCAGCAGGGGAUCACAGCAGUCUGUAUUCUGGAAACCUUUGCUGCCGAAGAUGGAUUUCGGUUGAAGCUAAGAAAUAUGUCGACAGAUUCUGUUGUCGUUCCACUCAAGACAAUACUGGGAAGCAUCAGCAAGUCUAAUCAACAGGUCCUUACAUCCCUCAUAUCAGCUGUUGGCUUUCUGGCAAAAGAUGAAGUCAUUCGUCAAAACCUCGCUCAUCGGCGAGAAUGUUGGGAAGCCUUCCUCACUGCUAUUAAGCAGUGUGGUUCAUCUGAGUACAACGACGUUAUUCACCUUAUGCUGGGCUUGAUUAUCAGCCUGUCGACAGUCACUUCCUUGACUAUACAGGCGCAUGCUGUUUCGCUCUGUGACUGCUGCCUCGACCUGCUGGAAAACGCUGACGAAGGAAUUGUAACUAGAGCCAUGGGUGUGUUGAGCACCGUCCUCCCUCAGUCCUCUGAAGCUGUUCAGCAUGCUGUUCGAAGGAAAGUCAUUCACACCAUAUGCUGGCUGCUGAAGAGAAAAGGUCAGACUGCCACCAAAUUUGCCGUGAAGACAUUGACGGUUUGCACUGCAGUCGGCGACACGGCAAGGGAAGAGCUGGUGAAGACUGACAAAAAACUCUCCAUUUUACGUCGUUUGCUGCGUUCCAACAGCGAUGAGGUGAUUUCAGGAAAUGCAGCUUUGUGCUUGUCCCACUGCUUUGAGCUGGAAGGAGUUGCCACCCACCUGCUGGGUACUGAUAUUGUGCUGCUUCUGCUGCGGCUAGCUGCGGGGGAGCCUAAGAAGACAGCUGUGCAGCAAAAUGCAGCCAUUGCUCUCAGCAAACUGUGCCGAUCUGAGCCCAGACAUGUGCACAAACUUCGAGAGCUUCAUGGUCUUGAGAUUCUGCACUCCUGUGUGAAACUCAUCAAAGCAGAGGAGUAAAAAUAUAAUCUGAAAUGUUUUGAUAUGCAGCAAAAUCUCUUGUUUUCUUGUGUUCAGUAUAGAAAAGCAUUUUUUUAACUCGUUCAUACUUAUUCAAAUGAAAUUGCAUUGAAGAUGUUUUCUCAUCAUUAAUGAUUCUGAUGUAAAGGUUUUAUUUGUGACCUAAAGAAUUAAAGAUAUAAUUGAUUAAGAAUA